AUGGAGACGGCUAGCACCGCCAAGCGACUGCCCCCCAGCACCACCACGGUGGCGGCGGCAGCUGAGGAGGAGGAGGAUGACUAUGUCGAGUAUAUCCCGGUCCACAAGCGCAGGGCUAUGGAGGCCCAGAAAUUGCUGCAACGCAAAGGCCGCCUCCCCUCCGAGGGGUCGGCGGCCCCCUCCGCCGUCGAGGAAGCCGCCGGCCUCCCCAAACCUCCCGAGGUCGCCGAAGCCAAACCUAGUCUCCUCGUCAAGGCCUCCCAGCUCAAGCGUGAUAUGCCUGAGAUCAGCCCCACGGAGCAGCUCGUCCAGCAGGAAAAGGAGAUGAUCGAGCACCUCUCCGACCGCAAGACGCUCAUGUCCGUGCGGGAGCUCGCCAAGGGGAUUACCUACUCCGAUCCCAUCCCCACAGGUUGGAAGCCCCCUCUACCUAUCCGCCGGAUGUCCGAUCGCCAGUGCGAUGCCAUCCGCAAGCAGUGGCAUAUUAUGGUAGAUGGCGACGACGUGCCCCCGCCUAUUAAAAACUUCAAGGACAUGCGCUUGCCUUCUCCGGUUCUCACGAAGCUCAAGGAUAAGGGUAUUGUGCAGCCGACCCCGAUCCAGGUACAAGGUCUGCCGGUGAUCCUGUCCGGGAGGGAUAUGAUAGGGAUCGCCUUUACAGGAUCUGGGAAGACCCUAGUGUUCGUGUUGCCACUGAUAAUGGUGGCAAUUCAGGAGGAGCUUAUGAUGCCGAUCGCUCCUGGGGAGGGGCCUUUUGGGCUCGUCGUCUGUCCUUCAAGGGAACUCGCUAGGCAGACAUUUGACGUCGUGGAGGAGUUCCUAAUACCACUGAGGGAACACGGCUUCCCUGAGAUCAGGCCAUUGUUAUGCAUUGGAGGCGUCGACAUGAGGACGCAGCUGGACAUUGUGAACAAGGGUGUCCACAUCGUGGUGGCCACUCCUGGGAGGCUCAAGGAUCUGUUGGCAAAGAAGAAGAUGAAUCUAGACAGUUGCAGGUGCGCUCACAAAGAUCCAUUAUCCUUGCGUCUUCACUGUCCUCAGUUUUAGGAAUCCUUAUGUUUUCUGGGUGUUUCCCCAUUGUUUGCCGUGCUUUUCUAUUUUCCCUAACUAGGGUUUCUGAUUACUUGGAUUUCUCUUUGUAUUCUUGAAUCCCAAGAUUCAUUUUUAGGAAAAACAACCAUUCUUUGUCAGUUAUUGACAUAUCACAUCAAUAAAUCCUUUUUUUUAUCCAGUAUCUAUUUCUAGCAAUCCAUCCUGUGCCACCUCUUACGGAAUCAUGUUCUUGCGAAUAGGAGAAAAUCCAAAUAAGAAAAAUGUAACCAAACCAAAAUAUUUUGCCGUUUCUCCCUCUCUCUCUCUCUCUAUCUCUCUCUCUCUCUCGCUUGAUAAAUGAAGAAUUUAUAAUACAGAAGCAUGCAUAUUAUAUACAUAUACAUGUAUACAUACGAUCAUUUUCCUGUUCUUCAUGAGCUUGCUUGGAUCCCUGUUCUGUUUUGGCAUAUAGACCAGUUCAUACUUUUCCUUUUUGUGCUGGUUCUCUUUUGUAUUCUUUUAGGAUCAACAUAUUGAUUUUUUUUUUUAAAGAUCAAAUCUUGAUAAGUUUUUAAUGAUCAUUCGUACAACUACAAACCAGAUAGCUUCCCACUUGGGAAAGGAAACUCCAAACUCCAACACUGAUCUCGUUCAUGUUCCGUUGAUACCUUCUCUUCACAUUUUCUUCUCUUCGUCAUGCCAGAAGAUGCAUGGAGUUUCCGUAUGUAUAAAUGAUAGUAUGGCAGCGGUUUAGAAGAUCUCCUGCAGGAACCCUAACAGUAGAUGGAGCAUAAUUUUCAGAUGGGUCAUGCCGACCUGUUCUGUGUUUUGUAGAACAUCGCUGCAUCAGAAUUUUUGGCGUUUCCUUGCUUGUUCAUGGUGAUUUCGAUAUGGGUGAGGAAAUCUGUGUCUGAAGAAGAGGUGGAACACUGCUUUUGCAGGUACUUGACCUUGGAUGAGGCGGACAGGCUGGUGGACCUAGGGUUCGAGGACGACAUCAGGGAGGUGUUCGACCACUUCAAGGCCCAGCGGCAGACCGUCCUCUUCUCCGCCACCAUGCCGAAGAAGAUCCAGAACUUUGCCACCAGCGCCCUCGUGAAGCCGGUGAUCGUCAACGUGGGGAGGGCCGGAGCGGCGAAUCUGGACGUCAUCCAGGAGGUGGAGUACGUGAAGCAGGAGGCUAAGAUCGUCUACCUGCUCGAGUGCCUGCAGAAGACGCCGCCGCCGGUGCUCAUCUUCUGCGAGAACAAGGCCGAUGUGGACGACAUCCACGAGUACCUCCUGCUCAAGGGAGUGGAGGCGGUGGCCAUCCAUGGCGGCAAGGACCAGGAGGAGAGAGAAUACGCCAUCGCGUCGUUCAAAUCCGGGAAGAAGGACGUCCUGGUGGCCACCGAUGUGGCCUCGAAGGGCCUGGACUUCCCCGACAUCCAGCACGUCAUCAACUACGACAUGCCCGCGGAGAUCGAGAACUACGUCCACCGGAUCGGGAGGACGGGGCGGUGUGGGAAGACGGGGAUAGCGACGACGUUCAUCAACAAGAACCAGAGCGAGACGACGCUCCUGGAUCUGAAGCAUCUCCUGCAGGAGGCGAAGCAGAGGAUCCCGCCGGUGCUGGCGGAGCUGAACGAUCCCAUGGAGGAUGUGGACGCCAUCACCAAUGCUAGCGGCGUGAAGGGCUGCGCCUACUGCGGUGGAUUAGGGCACCGGAUACGCGACUGCCCCAAGCUGGAGCACCAGAAGAGCAUGGCCAUUGCAGGUUCUAAGAAGGAUUAUUACGGAUCAGGUGGCUACAGGGGGGAGAUUUGA